AUGCCCUCGUACACAUCAAUCCACCUUGCCGAACGGCCACAAGACGGUGUUGUUGCCGGCAAGACCUUCACGCCAAAGCAACAAGAAGUCCCAUCGGCAUCAUCCCUCAAAGAUGGCGAGGUCCUCUUUCAGACACUCUAUUUGUCACUUGACCCAGCGAUGCGCGGCUGGUUGAACCCGACGCGUUCUUACAUUCCUCCAGUUGAGAUUGGCGCUGUGAUGCGCGGCAGCGGUAUUGGCCUUAUCGUCGCAAGUAAGAGCAAGAAAUUCCCUGUUGGUACAUACGCGACUGGUAUGUGUGGAUGGUCCGAGUACUCUGUGCUUAAUGAGAAGCAUGUCGAAUCAUUGGAUCUGCCAGAAGGCGCUGUGCCAACUGACGCGCUGGGCGUGUUGGGAAUGACUGGUCUUACCGCCUACUUCGGUAUCCUGGAGAUUGGUCAGAUCAAAGCGGGAGAUUUCGUGGUAGUCAGCGGCGCAGCUGGCGCCACAGGAAGUGUCGUGGGCCAAAUCGCUAAGCUGAAAGGCGCAAAGGUCUUGGGACUUGCUGGCGAGGAUAGCAAGGUGUCGUGGCUGAAGGAAGAGCUUGGCUUCGACGAGGCACUGAACUACAAAGAUCCCCAGUUCGCGAAGAAGUUCAGGGAUGCAACCAAGGGUCUUAUUGAUGUUUACUUCGACAACGUGGGUGGGGAGAUCCUUGACCUCGCUCUCUCACGAGCCAAGCCUUUCGCGCGGUUCGUUAUGUGCGGCGCGAUUUCGGAGUACAACAAGAAGAAGCCUCAGGGUCCAAAGAACUACAUGAUGAUCAUCUCCAUGCGCAUUCGUAUGCAAGGAUUCGUCGUUUUCGACUUCGCAGACAAGUACGCCGAAGCAAGGAAACAGCUUGCUCAAUGGCUCUCAGAGGGAAAGCUCAAGCGAAAAGAGACAAUCAUCAAGGGAGGUAUCAACAAGGCGGAGGAUGCACUAGUUGGAUUGUUCGAGGGAAAAAACACCGGCAAAAUUAUGGUGCAGGUGGCGGACCCAGAGGCAGUAAAGGCGAAGUUGUAG